CAGGAUAAUGAAGUUGGAGCUCCAAGUUGUUGGAACAUCAACAGACAAUAGUAACGGCUUGGACUGGUAGCUGAAUAACAGUGGGAUCAUGAUCAUGAUUAUAUUCGGAAAUUGUUCAACUAAUAAAAAUACGCAUUUUUAUGGACAAGAGGUACGCACGUCACUGCAGUACUUUAAAAGUUGAGUGAAUGGAUGCGAAGGAAGGAGCAACUGUACAUGUGUUUUUACAUAUAUAGUAGGGCCGGUUUUGAGGUAUUGUGUAAGGUGGUAUUGUAGAAAAUGGAGGUAUCUCUUGGAGUGAGAAAAGGUGCCUGGACUUCUGAAGAAGAUGAUCUUCUUAGGAAAUGUGUUGAGAAAUAUGGAGAAGGAAGCUGGCAUCAAGUUCCUCCCAGGGCAGGAUUGAAUAGAUGUCGGAAGAGUUGUAGACUGAGAUGGCUGAAUUAUCUUAAGCCAAAUAUUAAAAGAGGAAAUUUUAUGACAGAUGAAGUUGAUUUAAUUAUCAGACUACAUAAGCUAUUGGGUAACAGAUGGUCGUUGAUAGCUGGCAGAUUACCGGGAAGAACUGCAAAUGAUGUCAAGAACUACUGGAAUACUCACCUACGCAAAAAGACUAUUACUUGCAAGAAAGAUGUAACGAUAAUUAAUAAACCUGUUAAGAUAACAAAAGCAAAUAUAUACAGGCCUCGACCUCGAAUCAUCUCCAAUAAGUUCUUUUGGUCAAUUAAAGAAAUCCCACCUGCUACUGUAAACACUUAUCAUAUUGGUGAUCAAGCUAAUAAUAACAGCAACCUUUCCACCACCUCUCAGGCGGCGUUGCCGCCGGUAGAAGAGGAUAAUGAAAUUAUGUGGUGGAAAAGCUUGUUAACAGAUGAGACGAAAUUGACAGACAGGGCCAGUCAGAACAACGGGCCAUCAAGAGAUAUUCAAAAUAAUAACAUCAAAAAUCAUGUUGAAGAAGGAGAAGACCAUUGCAACGUUGUCGCAGCCUUAGGUGAAAUAAAGGCGGGGGAUAGCAGUAGUACGUUCUUUGAAGAAGGCACGAGUCGGUGGGUUAAUAGUAAUGACUGUAUUCAUGAUGACUCUCCUUUUGAUGCGAACCUUUGGGAUCUUCUCCUAGAUGAAGAAAAGGACACAAUCAUGAUGUGAGCUUUUCUUUCUAAUGAUUAUGACUACUAUUAUUCUUCCCAUGUAUUAGUCCAUGUUUGCCAUAUAAAAAUCUCUGCAGCUCAUUUAGAUUUAUUAAUAAUACUACAGUUUAAAAUAUAUUUUUAUCAUGAACAUAUUAUAUACACAAUCUUUGUAGUUU